AUUUUCUAUAUAUAUGAUUAUCUAACUGUAAUAAAGAAGAGUUUUAGUUAUUUUCUUUAGAAAUUAGUACUAUAUACGUAGUGUUUUCAAGUGAUGUAUAGAUCACUUGCACAUAAUCUUCAAUGUCUGCAGCUUACAAGCUCAUGAUCAUGUCGCGAAGCCGCCUUUUUAGCUCUCUACUCUCUGUUCUUACUCUUAUCUACUUGGUCUGUACAGUAUUAUCUGCUUCUCCUUCUCUGCACCCAGAUGAAGUGGAAGCGCUUAAGGAUAUUGCAUUGACACUCGGUGUGAAACACUUGAACCUAAGUGAAGAUCCAUGUCUCACAAAGACUCUGGUUAUAACUCAAGAUGUUCUCAAGGAAGGACAAAACAGCACAAUCAGAUGUGACUGUCAUUUCAACAACAACAAUACUUGUCAUAUUACACACUUUGUCCUUAAGACAUUCAGUCUUCCUGGUAGACUUCCACCAGAAUUUUCGAAGCUUCGGUAUCUUGAAUUUAUUGACUUGUGCCGUAAUUAUCUUUAUGGCUCAAUUCCUAUGGAAUGGGCUUCACUGCCUUACCUAAAAUCUAUCUCUGUUUGCGCGAAUCGCUUAACAGGAGACAUUCCAAAGGGAUUAGGGAAGUUUAUUAACCUCACUCAAUUAGGUCUUGAAGCCAAUCAGUUCUCUGGAACUAUCCCAAAGGAACUAGGGAACUUGGUUAAUCUAGAAGGAUUAGCAUUUUCUUCUAACCAACUAGUUGGAGGUGUACCCAAGACAUUAGCAAGACUAAAGAAGCUGACUAAUCUACGAUUCAGCGAUAAUCGCCUUAAUGGAUCCAUCCCUGAGUUUAUAGGGAACUUAUCAAAACUUCAAAGAUUAGAACUUUACGCGAGUGGCUUAAAAGACCCUAUUCCAUACUCCAUAUUUCGUCUAGAGAAUCUGAUUGACCUGAGAAUCAGCGACACAGCUGCAGGAUUGGGACAAGUUCCUCUUAUAACUAGCAAGAGCCUGAAAUUUUUGGUUCUAAGAAACAUGAACUUAACAGGACCAAUCCCAACCAGUCUUUGGGAUCUUCCCAAUCUCAUGACUCUCGAUCUUUCUUUCAAUAGACUGACAGGAGAAGUACCAGCAGAUGCAAGCGCGCCAAAAUAUACAUAUUUGGCAGGAAACAUGUUGUCAGGAAAAGUUGAGUCAGGACCUUUCCUUACUGCAAGCACCAAUAUUGAUCUCUCUUAUAAUAACUUCACAUGGUCUCAAAGCUGCAAAGAGAGGAAUAAUAUAAACACAUAUGCGAGCUCGCGUUCAACAAACAGUCUAACCAGACUUCUUCCGUGUUCUGCCAUAAACCUAUGCCAAAAUUAUAAUAGGUCGUUGCAUAUAAACUGUGGGGGACCUGAUGUAACCAUCGAAAACUCUAGAGGAAGGUUUCUAUAUGAGGGUGAUAACUAUGGACUUACCGGAUCAGCUACGAACUAUUAUGGGAAAAAUUGGGGAUUCAGCAAUACUGGUGACUUUAUGGAUGAUGCAAUAACAGAAGAUACAUACACAGUUUCAUCAGAAUCUGCAGUUUCAGCCAAAUAUCCAGACCUUUACCAGAAUGCUCGGCGUUCUCCCCUGAGUUUGGCUUACUUUGCCAUCUGUUUUGAAAAUGGAAGCUACAAUGUGAAACUCCAUUUUGCAGAGAUUCAGUUCUCAGAUGAGGAACCUUUUUCUAGACUAGCAAAACGGGUUUUUAACAUUUACGUUCAGGGGAAGUUGAUUUGGGAGGAUUUUAGCAUCAGGGAGGAGGCUAAUGGAACUCACAAAGAAGUUAUAAAAGAAGUGAACACAACCGUGACUGAUAACACUUUAGAGAUACGGUUGUACUGGGCGGGGAAAGGCACGACGAUCAUUCCUAAAAGAGGGAACUAUGGCUCUCUUAUCUCUGCAAUCUCAGUCUGUCCCAGUUCAGAAUCUGAAUGUGGCGUUCCGGUGCAAAUUCAUCCAGUCACAAAACAACAACACAAACAAAGAAAAUAUCAUCUCAUUCUCGGCAUAGCAGCCUUAAUAGUCUCUCUUUCUUUCUUGAUAUUGGGCGCUUUAUAUUGGAGAAUAUGCGUUAGCAAUGCAGAUGGAGAGAAAAGAGGUUCCUUCAGUUUGAGGCAACUAAAAGUUGCAACAGAUGAUUUUAAUCCGUUAAACAAGAUUGGAGAAGGCGGCUUCGGAUCUGUUUAUAAGGGGCGCUUACCAAAUGGAACGUUGAUUGCGGUCAAGAAGCUAUCUUCCAAAUCAUGUCAAGGCAAUAAAGAGUUUAUAAACGAGAUCGGUAUAAUCGCUUGUCUGCAGCACCCGAAUCUUGUGAAGCUUUAUGGAUGCUGUGUUGAGAAAACCCAGCUGCUUCUUGUCUAUGAGUACUUGGAGAACAAUUGUCUUGCCGAUGCAUUAUUUGGAAGAAGCGGUCUGAAACUAGACUGGAGAACAAGACACAAAAUAUGCUUGGGAAUAGCAAGAGGGCUUGCCUUUCUUCAUGAAGAUUCAGCGGUUAAGAUCAUUCACAGAGACAUCAAAGGAACAAAUAUACUGCUAGACAAGGAUCUGAACUCAAAGAUAUCAGAUUUCGGAUUGGCCAGGCUACACGAAGACGAUCAGAGUCACAUUACCACCAGAGUUGCAGGAACAAUAGGAUAUAUGGCUCCUGAAUAUGCAAUGAGGGGUCACCUAACAGAAAAGGCAGAUGUUUACAGCUUCGGUGUAGUAGCAAUGGAGAUCGUUAGCGGAAAGAGCAACGCAAAUUACACGCCAGAUAACGAAUGUUGCGUUGGCCUUCUCGAUUGGGCAUUUGUACUACAAAAGAAAGGAGCAUUUGAUGAGAUUCUGGAUCCGAAGCUUGAAGGAGUGUUUGAUGUGAUGGAGGCAGAGAGAAUGAUAAAGGUUUCACUUUUAUGCUCCAGCAAGUCUCCAACAUUACGACCAACUAUGUCAGAAGUUGUGAAGAUGCUUGAAGGAGAGACUGAGAUAGAAGAGAUCAUAUCAGACCCUGGAGCGUACGGUGAUGAAUUGAGGUUUAAGAAAACGGCGGAGAUAGGGUCAUCGUCUUUACCUUCCGAUUAUCUUGUGUCGAUUACUUCGUCCUGUGAAUCUGCUUACGAUUUGUACCCACUUAGUCCCGAGUCCGUUGUUUUCUCUAGACCCUAGAUCCCAUUGUUAACGACCUUUACAUAACAAUCUCUGUUACAUUUUUUUCACAAAUUUCAUUGUCAAAGACUGAAACUUUUGGUUUAUAAGAAGAAGAAAAUAACGCUUUGUAGUCAUUGACCAAAAAUCGUUAAAUUGGGGUAUGAAAUUAGGGUUCUUUCGUUCGCGCCGUGGGUGUACUCGUAAGCCAGCUAUGUCGACGUUAUCACCCUCUCCGCCGGAAAGAACAUCACGAUGAUACUUCCCGGUGGCUCCGUCCUGAGCUCGACAAUGGCGCCUACAUUGCAGCACUUCUUCUUCCCCAACGUGAUGACUUUGAGGUCUGUGAUUCUGUUAUUUUUUGGCUUUCAAGUAUCAUCAGUGGACAAAGAGAAAUUCGUCAAAUUGCAGAUAUUAAGAAUUCUGAUGAUUGAAAUGCAGUAGGCCAUAGCUUUUUGUCUGGUAGAGAUUGUAACUUGGUAAGCUUGAAGCUGCAUUUUGCGUUGACAUCUAUGAAGAAAGAACACACACAGAUAACGAGAUUAAAACUGCAUAAUUAGACUAGAGCUGUAGAGUGUCAUCACUUCGUGAAU